AAAAUGUGAAUUGUUUUAAAAUAUAGAAGAAUAUAAAGUUUUCUGUGGAUAUUAUCUUUCAUAAUGAUACUUUCCUCCCAGGCCAUCUACUUUAUUUGCCUACUUUUAAGUACAGUUGCUGAGGAUACCGGAGGUUCGAAAAAGUUCCGGGACUUCUUGCAGGAGUAUCCUACUCCGGGCACCGGACCCUACUUUGACACUUCAAUAAAUUCGAACAUAACCGGACUGGUGGGAAAAAAUGUGAUGAUUAAUUGUCGUGUCAAAAAUUUGGGCAACAGAACCGUAUCUUGGGUACGUCACAGGGACAUUCAUCUCCUAACGGUUGGUAGAUAUACGUAUACGUCCGAUCAAAGGUUCGAAGCAAUUCAUACGCCUCACACCGAAGAAUGGUCUUUACAGAUAAGAUAUCCACAAAUUAAGGAUUCCGGGAUAUACGAGUGUCAGAUCAGCACCACUCCACCUGUGGGCCAUCCAGUCUAUCUCACUAUAGUCGAGCCUGUAACCGAAAUCCUCGGCAGCCCGGAGCUUUUCAUCAACAUGGGUUCCACCAUAAACCUGACCUGUCUGGUGCGUCACGCGCCAGAGCCGCCUCCGACCAUGACUUGGCAGCACAAUCAGCUCGUCAUUAAUUUCGAUUCGCCUCGUGGCGGCAUCAGCCUCGUCACCGAAAAAGGACCUGUUACGACCAGCAAGCUGCUGAUACAGAAGGCCGCGCCCAGCGACUCGGGCUUCUACACCUGCUCCCCAUCCAACGCCAACUCCGCAAGCAUUCGCGUUCAUAUCUUGAAUGGAGAGCAUCCAGCUGCAAUGCACCACGGUCACGGCCACCUAACAAGAUUAUCUCACGUCACCCUUCUUCUGAGUUUAGUGUUUAUACUUCUGCUUCGUGCUCCCACGUAACGUUAAAACCAAAAGGUGUAAAUUCGCCUGAAUAAAAUUUGUGAUGAUUUAGUAGUUAUGUUAAAUAAUUUAAUAAAUGCUAUACAGGGUCGAUUCAAUUUUAUAUUAUUGUUUCAACAAGAACGGUAUCUUUUAGCCUAUCAACCCCAUACCAUGGGUCAGCACCAAAGACAGUUAUGGCAGGUUUUUGUACUAUGCUCCACACCUCAAAGUCCCACCACGUGACCA